UACAAAGAGGCGGCGGAAGCACCAUGCAGGAGUUGCGCGUGGCAUAAGACCGAUCUCUCGGAGUGAGAGUGUCAAUGUGCGGAAGACUGGAGCUAGAGGUGAUGCGAAAAAGGAAGCAAAGGCCAGCUUCGAGUCUUCUAACCCACAAAAACUUCAUGUUCGCCAGCUGACAUCUCUGAGUAUAAGAACUACUGGACGAAGCUUGAGAGAGCAGUUUCCGGGUGAAAACCCUCUGAACAUUUUCGAUUUUAUUACGGUCGCAGGCGUUCAUUAAUCCGAAGAAAGGACAGCAGUAUUCAAGGACUGGAAGAACAAACAUUUGAUAAAGUCUUAGCUUCAUUUCCGGAAGGAAAAAAUUAUGCGAUAUGAAUCCACAUAUCUGCGCGGCUUUGGCAGAGAUUCUAUCUGCAUGAGGUGAUAAAGCAAGUUUAUUUGUAUAACUUAGACCUAGGUCCUUUAUGGUGAGACAUUCUGAGAGUGGGUUAUUCUGAAAAAUUAUGGGACCAGGAAGUUUGGUAGGACCAAAAGACAUGAAACUACACUUGGAUGAUGAAAACUCCAUCUGCCAUGUCGAACCACAUCUGCUUAAGCGUAGUAAAUCGGCAUUAAUUUUUUCAACACUAACAUUUGCGGUGUCCUUAGAGUAUGAGUAAACACACUUGAGGUCAUCGGCAUAAGUAAAAGUUUGCGAAGCAAGAGUAGCGGACCCAGGACCGUGCCUUGAAGUACGCCACUCGUGAUCGAGUGAGGUGUCGAGUAGCUAUUACCGACCAUGACUUUCUGAUAUCGGUUGGACAGAUAGGACCUAAUGAAGUCAAGUAGAGGCGGCCGGAUGCCGAGGGCUUCCAAUUUUACUAAAAGACGUCUAUGGGGCACCUUGUCAAAGGCUUUGCUAAGAUCAAAGUAAAUAACUACCACUGACUGCCGCUCAUUACGAAGAGAAGUGAUUAUAUUAAGAAAAGCCAAGUGGCAUGUUUCGCAGGAUCGUUCAGCUAAAAACCCAUGCUGACUAGAGCUCAGAAGCCGAUCGGAUCGAGAUCCUGACUUGAAAACGGGAAUGAUAAUUGACGUUUUCCAUGUUUCAGGAAAGAAUCCUUUUGAAAUAUAAACCGAGAAUAAAUGACUGAGCAAUAUGGGAAAGUCGGACGCUUGUUUAAUAAUCGAAUUCGGAAUCCCGUCCGUUCCUGAGCAGUGGGAGUAUUUCAAACGGCUUAUGUGUUUCUUAAUGAGAUCUGAGGAGACAUCAAUUGUACUAAGUGUCCUAUCUGAAUGUGAUCGAAAGAAAGGGACCGGAUCGGACUCGGUAGCAAGGUGUUUUGCAAAGAAAGCACUAAACAACUCCGCCUUGUCAGUGUCAUCGGUGAGGAAGACUUUUUUAUCAUUUAGCAUGGGUGGAAGUUCAUGACCACGCUUAGAGUAGGACCGAUGACGGAAGAUGCUAGCGACGGAUUUACCAGGGUUCGAACCACUGAGAGCAAUUGAUUCUCUUUGCCUGUCGCGCGCUUGGCGCAUCCUUGAGGCCAUCUCAAAUAUCUCUGUGAUUCUAAGAUGAACAGAUAAGGAACUAGUGGAUAGGUCACGCAGUUGUCGCCUCAAUUUUUUUAGUCUGUUCUGAAGAAAAUGAGGAACAAGAGAAUCUGAAGAAUUAGGCUUGAGAUAUCUACGCGGCAGAAACUCUAGAAUGUCCUUGGAAACAUUGGACAUGACAUCACGAAGAAUGGUUACAUCGCUACAAGUGAGGAAGCCACACCAAUCCAAAGAAUCUCAUAUAGUUAUUUAUUGAGUCGCUAUCUACGCAGUCGUAGUUCAUGAAAGUCUGAACGGCGCUUGUCUUUUUUGAAAAGGCAAGCGGUAGGCAACAAUGAAUUAAUACGUGGUCACUGUCAAAGAGGUCCUUUUUUAAAGCAACAGAAAGAGGAGCAAUGUCAUUGGUAAAGAUUAGAUCUAAAAUGUGAUGAUCUCUUGUUGGAGAGCGCACCAGUUGGGACCAAUUUGAAAAAUUGAUAAUAUCUUGAAAGGACUGGAAUCUGGGUGGGCAGCUAUUGGAAACCCAGUCAAUUUCAGGAAGUUUAAAAUCCCCAGUGAUUAUUUUAACAUCGAAAGCAGCUCCCGAAAUUAAUUUAAAGAUUUCACAGAGUUGUGAAUCAUCACUGGCUAAAGAAUUUGGGGGAUUGUAGAUACAGCCAAUAAUUGCCUUUCUUUGCGGCGAGAGAAUAACAGAUGCAAAGCAGAAGUUUCCCGUGAAUGAGGAAACAUCCAAGUAAUAGGGAGAGUUCUUUAGGUAGGAUUUAAGAUAAAGAAGACAACCACCCCCACGCCUAUUCGUGCGGUCUUGGCGGUAAAAAUCGAAGUCAUCUAUGAGAAGGGCAGAGUCAGGAAUUAGAGAAUGUGUCCAAGAUUCUGUUACACAUAUAAUAUCAGGCGUCAUUUCCAGAGCAAUGGCUCUGAUUUGAGCCAUCUUGUUUAUAACAGACCUGACAUUCAAUAAUAUAAUAUCCUAUGUGUUUCGAACGGCAGUGCUAUUUUCGACGGUAUUUAAAAAAAAAUUUGGAGGCGGAUAUGUAAGCUGCGAAUUAAUGACACUUGGAGAAUAAGUACCAGUUAAUUUAGAGUUAUUGACGUAUGGGGAGUCAGCAAGAGAAGGCUGAGUAUGAGACCUAAAGGAGGCGGGGAUAUAGUUUUCAAACAUUGGAAUGCUAGGGGAGUUAGAACAUGGAUAGACUUGUUGGUAGUUAAAUAAUGGAGGAAGGGGAGGAGGAGGGGGGAGGCUAGAAGGAAAGUAGGGGCUAAUGGGUGAGGGUAGGCCACUAAAAGAAUGAAAUGGUGGGAAACCAGGUCUAGAUUGGAAGUCAAAGGAGAUAGGUUGACGUACCUGAGAGCAAUUGGCCUUAAGUGGUGGGAAGCCUGAACUACGUUGGGGCAUAAAUGACUUAGGGCAAUUCAUGUAUGAAUUAUUUGCUGGAUAUAUAGUAGGGCUUUGAUAAGUAACCGGUACGCAGGACAGAGAAUUAUUCUGGGAUAUAAUUGGAGCUGCGGGGUUUGUAGACGUGCUGGGCUGAACAGACUUGUUAGAUCUAAGAGAAGGCGUCGUACCCCUAAAUGGAACUGUACUACCUAUCUUUUGGGUCGGAGUCUGAUUCAAUUUUCGAGUCUCACCGUUCUGACGCCAAGCCACUGGUGACUUAGCUGUAGACCUUACAGCACCCAGUUGGACAAUAGAAGUUAUCGGUCUAGCUGAUGUAGACGGAUUUUCAUGUGUCUCAGCGGGACUAUCCAGAGGAUACGAAACGACAAAUGGGGCCGCUGCUGCUGCUGCAAGUUUAGGAGCAGGCAAAUGCGUCAAGUGGCUUGAGUGAGAUGGAGAUGUAGGAGAAAGAGGAAGGAGGGAGUCAGAUGUCGCAGGAGUAGGAGAAGCUGAAUCCUUACGGCCACUUGUAUUAAGACCGUGUUGGGGGGGCAUUAGACUGAGAAGCAGUAGGUUUACGUGAGAAUAGAGACCCGAUUCUACGCUCCAUAGGAGUAAGAUCAUGACAAAGGAAAAAUUUUGCCUUCUCUAGGUACGCAGUGACACGCUCUCGAUGAGUAAAGAUAGUGUCAACUUCGAUUGAUGAAAACAAUUUGACUAAGAUGGGUGGAUUUGUAGUACGGGAGGACAAGCGUUUGGCAUCAGCUAUUUUAUAGUUGAAACCACAUGAAUACAGGAAAUUGGUCGCAACAUCAAUUGGCCAAGCAGAUCGAGGAACAUUUUUUAGCAGGAAGUUGUAAGAACGCUUCUGUCUAUCACUAGAUUCACUGGCGAUCAGGUGAACAAGUGAGUCGAGACGCCUACAUUCUUCAGAGGGAAUAUCGGAGAUGUUCCCGUCGAAUAAAUGUCCAAGAAUUGUCAGCAAAGAGCCAAACUUUAGCAUAAAGUCAUUGCAGUGGUCAAGUGCAGACAGAUUAAGCUGCCGACCAAUUACAACGGGUGACGACUGACUAGUAAUAUCAUCUGACUUAGAUUUAGGUAAAGCUUCUGACUUACGUUUAGUUAGGCCAUGUUUACUUACAAGAGCCGAGAGCUUACGUCGACCAGUGACUUUUGGUCUCAUCUUGUCUCGAGGCAAUUUGCGAUUAAGAAAACUUCUGGCAGACAAGUUGACUGAAUUUCAGCUAGGGGCUAACGAUGUAAAAAUAAAUUACAACAGUUAGAGAGAAAUCGGAUGCACAAAAUGAGAAUUGCAGAGUGCGAUUAGUGAACAACGGGCAUAGACUAGCAAAACUCGAAAGGAGAUGGCAACGGGCAGUUCUUAGAGAAAAGGCCUGUAUUUAAGGAAAUUCAACCAAAAAACAGGUACUAAAAUCGUUAGAUCUCACAGAAAAACCACUAAAAAUAAUAUCCUCCACUUAUCUUCAAAUUUAAAACCAGCGACUUGACCUUGAUGAGAGGUAAUUGGUUUUUUCGGGCAAACUCAGAAAGUUCUCCCUUCUUUGUGAGCAUACGUGGUCAUGGACAAUCCAAAAUGUCCAGAGUAGACUGCAGUUUAGUUGCCUAUAGGAGGGAACGAAUUCUGUGAUAGCUGUUCUCCGGUGCUUCAGUUUGGUCCAGCCCCAACUUCAUAAAAAUAAAUGACGACUGAUAAUAUCAGAUGCAGUGAUACUCCUCCCUUUCUCGACUGUCGUCAUUUUAUGGGCAGCAGUUUUUUCUCCUAACCUCUCCACAUCAUACAAAGUCCUCAUAACUUUUUUUAUUUUUUGUGUCAGGAGUUUUUUUCCUGCUGGCCGGAUUUGUGUUUACUUUUUCCCUGACAAUGCCUGCAAAUUAGCAUUAAAUAAAAGUAUUACUACUAUUACUCUGAAGACCUCCCUGAAACGUCUGCAGAUCAACCCGGCUGACUGGGAAGACCUCGCUGGAGACCGAUCGACCCAGAGGAGAACAUUGAAGACGGGCGCAGCGAUCUUCGAAACCAACCGCAUCAUCGCCGCAGAAGCCAAACGAGAAGCAUGCAAAUCUCAUCUGUACCCACCUCACAACGCCAACGCCCAACCGCCCCCAACGUGUCCACGGUGUUAGCGGACAUACUUGGCUCCAAUUUAAGUUGUUGAUCAUCUUUGGACCAACUGCGGCCCUUCGGCUACACCAACCGCCCACCUCUCCCUCUCCCCCUACGUCGUCAACUAACUCUGACCACCCUCUCGAACCACCACUUUCGUACUCCUCCUCCUCUUCCUCCUCUUCCUCCUCCUCCUCCUCCUCCUCCUCCUCCUCUUCCUCCUCCUCCUCCUCCUCCUCCAUCUCCUGUCCCCUCACUGCCUCCGCAUCCGCCGUCGUGGCGUCUGGCACGCACAUCAGCAUGCCCCACAAUCCUGACACACCAACAAACACCAGCACUACCACCGUCGACAACAUUGGUGAGGACCUGGUCUAUACCUGUCCUUAUUGCGACCGCACCUCCACCUCACACGUCGAUCUGACCGGUCACCUGCGAAUCCAUCGCACAGAGACUAGCGAACCAGUGUCUGGAGCACCAACCUACACUCGCCGCAUCCGCCCUCGCUGUCCACAUUGCACUCGCACAUUCAUGCCCUGCAUGGGCCUAUUCGGCCACAUACGCGUCCCUCAAAACCUGCGGUAG